AUCAGACAGCAUGGUUUUGGGGAAUUUAGUUUAUGGGACAUUUCCCAACGCAUCCUCAUAUCAAGGUUCGCAAUGCCAAGCAUUUCAAUUUUUGAGUUCAUUCCAAUCAGCUUGUUUAGUUUCCAAAGUGAGGUUCCUCUUUCCAGCUAUCCUGAUGUGGAUUUUCACAUCAACAAAAUAAUGGCUGCAACAAAAAUGUGGUUCUCAAAGAACAAUGAAAAUUACACCUUUCUUCCAUUAGGGGGGGAAAGCAUUUCUGUGUGGCUUCUUGUUGCAACUCUUUCUGACUCUGACACUCAGCAUGACAAUCAAAUGAAUGAUUGCCAAACAAAUCCAGUUGGAUGGUGGAGACCAGCUCUCCUGGUGAAAAAUAUGGUCAUCCUGGGAAGUGCAUUAGAUCCAAGGGCAGCUGCUAUUGGUGCUUCAGCUAGUCAUGGGAUCAUUGGUACACAUGAUGGACUUGUGUACAUGUGGGAAUUGUCUACCGGUACUAAGCUUGGCAGUUUACACUAUUUCAAAGUUGAUUCAGAUUGAAGAAGAGCUUGGGGAAAUAGUGGUUUAUGCUGGCGAAGAGUGGAGGCAGUUGUGAUCAUUCUUUCCAGGUCUUUAUACCCACAUUUUUUCCCUCCUGGUUCCUUUUUUAAUAUGUUAAGCUAUACUCAGCAACUAGGUCAUUCUAGAUUCCAAUGCAAAGUUUUGCAUCCCUUCCCAUUUUUUUCGUUUUUGAUUUAAUUAAUGAUUGUUUUCCUAUGGUAAUAGAGAGACAUGUUUGAGGUGUGUUGAACAGAGUUGUCUGUUUUUAUGAUGGAUGGGGUUUGUAGUUUUUCUAUAUUGGCAAUACUAGGAAUUUGUAACCGAAAUUCCAAAAUUUCAAUGGAUGAUCAUAUAGAGAAAACACAGACAAUUGGGGAAGGUCUAUUACAUAUGAAAAGGAGCUCUAAAAGUAGCCAACAAGCAGUUUAAAACUGUACAAAAUGAUUAUGGAAUGACCCUGAAUGAAAAUUCAGAGGUUGAGGAGGCCAGUAAUGAAGAAACUUUUAUCCCUGAAGCAAAAUUCAAAUUUGUUGACAUUGAAGAGUUGGGUCCUUAUGUCAAUGGGAAGGAGCUUGUAGAUGUUAGUGGAGUUGUUCAAAGUGUCUCUCCUACAAUGAGCAUACGAAGGAAGAGUAACAAUGAGAUUGUUCCUAAGCGUGAUAUUACUAUUGCGGACAA